CAGUUAGCGACCAAAUCAAUCGGAGGAACAGAUACAGAUACCUGAAAAGUCCAAGCAACCAACUUGACUGCUUUCGGGAAGAAACAAAUUGGGACGUUGUGCUGAUGUGCUGAUCACGAAGAUUAUUCUUGGGGCUAGCAGGAAAAACGCUAAAGCAAUAAUUGUGUGACCUCAAUGUUAAGGCGGGUGUUAAUUGUUUUGUACAAUUUUGCUCGAGAAAAGAAGUGGAAUGUUUUACUAUUGUGUGUUGGUACGAGUUUGAUGUGAAAAUUGUGUUAUUACUGCUGUGACGUAAGUGAGGAAACAGCAUCGUCCCAUUUUGUCCAUCGCCUGCUAUUUUGAACUGGUUUGAACUUGAAAUUGGUUGCAGCUGGUGCUAUAUUUAAAAUUUGAAGAACAUUUUUUCAAGAUACCAACAUGCAACGCUGGUGGUUUCUCGAGGAAAAGGAUGGCUCGGCCAACAGUGCUGCGUCGAGCAGCGGCACAGUCAAAAAGCCAAAACCGCCGAAACAACCCGGCGAUCGGCGCUACAAAUUCCGUGUGCUGGUCACCUACGGACUGCUGAAGGACGAAACCAUUGCUGUUACCGGAAGUUGUGACGCACUCGGAAACUGGGAGUCGGAACACUGUGUCCAGAUGCAACCGGAAGAAGGCGAGAUCAACAUUUGGAGCCUGGAGCUCGAUCUACCUCAGGACGUUGCCGUUCAGUAUCGUUACCUCAUUUGCUCAGUCGAUCCCAGCAGUGAAAAUGUGCACGUGCGCCGGUUCGAAACGCACACGACGCCGCGCAGCGUUCCGGCCGAGGCCAGCAAGGCGGAGCAGGACUCCAAGCUGGACACGCUCGGCGAUAUUGACGGUGCGGUCAAGCUGGAUAAGGGGUGGCUUACCAGCGAAACCAUCAUACAGUUUAAGUUCUUUGACAAUCCGUUUGCGGUGAAGGAGCGCAUCAAAAAUCGUUUGCUCUUUGUGAAGAUAACCCCGAUGAAUCUUCGCAUCAAUGCCGAAUCCCAGAGUCCAACGGCGCUGUUGGAGGAGUCGCUGUCGAACGAUACGCGCGAAAACGGCACCGAUCAUCAGGCGUACGCUUUCACCGAGGUGACUUCGCUGCGCAAUCCAAAUUCUGUCUUCGAACAGCAGUCGCAGUUUGGUUGUCCCUACAAUCCGGACGAUUUCCUAGUGUUUAACGUGACGGUGGCCGAGCCGGAAAAUGUGGCCUAUUUGGUUGAUUUGUACACGCACAGUUCGCGGUCGAAAGAGGACGAACCUCCGUACCACCUGGGCUAUCAUUACAUCUUGCCAAACUUUCUGAAAAAGUCCGAGGGCAUCCUGGAGCUUCCGGUGACCUGUGCAAGCAAGCAUCGCCCGUUGGGAAUGAUGCGCAUCGAGUACCUGAAAGUAACACCUCUGCUUCCGUCAAAGUGCAACCUCGAGCGGUCGUACGUACGUUACUGGAACAAACGGUGGACCGGGCUGGACGUUGGCCAUCGUGGCUCCGGCACGAGCUUCAAGGCCAGCGAUGGCAACGUGAUUAGGGAGAACACAAUAGCUUCGUUGAAAAAGGCCGUUGCCCACGGCGCUGAUAUGGUUGAGUUCGAUGUUCAGCUGAGCAAAGAUUUAGUGCCUGUUAUCUAUCACGACUUUGAUAUUUAUGUAUCGCUGAAACGGAAAACGACCCUCGAGGCCAACGACAUGCUCGAGCUGCCGAUGCGUGAGUUGACGCUGGAACAGCUGAAGAACCUAAAGGUCUACCAUGUCGUAGAAGGGAGAACGCGCGAAGCGAAAUUUUUCGACGAGGAUCUUGACGAGCAUCAACCCUUCCCACAACUGGCGGACGCUCUGGACGUGAUCGAUCCUCACUGCGGGUUCAACAUCGAGAUCAAAUGGUCCCAGAAGCUCAAGAACGGCACCAUGGAAGCGGAUCUACACUUUGACUCGAACCUUUACGUUGACUGUAUUCUGAAAGUCGUUCUAGAGAAAGCCGGCCCACGGCGGAUCGUGUUUUCCUGCUUCGAUGCGGACAUUUGCACGAUGCUGCGCCUCAAGCAGAACCUGUACCCGGUGAUGUUCCUGACGUUGGGGGUGACGAGCCGCUAUCCGAGCUAUCACGACCCGCGCUGCAACUCGAUCGAGAUGGCCGUGCGGAACGCUUGCGCCACCGAAUUGCUGGGCAUUGUGGCGCACACCGAGGAUCUGCUGCGCGAUCAAACUCAGGUGAACAUGGCAACCGACAACGGGUUGAUAAUAUUUUGCUGGGGAGAUGAUAACAAUAGCAAGGACACUAUCAAACAUCUCAAAAGCCUGGGUAUUCAUGCCAUUAUUUAUGACAAGAUGGACAUUUUCUCGGACAAGGCGGUUAAAUACAACUUUCAGCUAGAGCCGAAAAACAUCCUUUAUCGAUCCACAGUGCAAUUAAAUUGUGUUAGAUUAAUGCAUUCAUGCACAUCUGAAAAAGGGACAGACCUAAUACUAAAAUCCGAUUGGAACAAAGAAAUCUGCCUUGACCAAUUAUCUUGGCCAUCAAAAUUGACGGACAAAUUAGGGAGAGUUACAAAAAUUUAUCAUGGACAAAUUGGCUCAAAGAACAAUCGACAAAGUAUUGCUGCACGUUCAUAUCGACAAUCAAGGAAGUUCAAUUUUCACUGUGUGGAAAAAGCAAUCAAAAAUCGCAAUAUUGUAUUGCUAAGAAAGUGGCCUGCAAGCAUUCUUGUCGGUGCCUUGGUGACAUGGACUGCAUGUGGAAAGUAGUUGAUUGCAAACAAUAGUAAUGAAGCCACAAUCUACCUCAUUUAAAAAAAUUAAACAUGGCAAAUAAAAUCGCAAAAUAAACGCCUUCUUUGUAUAGAGAUGCAAAACAAUACAUAUUUAUAUCGUCAAUGUAAUUCCCUCACAAAUUCAGACAUUAUUCUUCCUCAGACAUCUUUUUACAUUUUGCGCUUACAUAAAUAUCCAUUAAUGCAUUCUCUUGCAACACAGACUCAAUUGUUUUCGCUACCAAUUUGCUUUGCAUUCAAACAUCAAAACAUGCACUACAUUGAUUGCAAUUUUUGUAUUUCUUGUAAGCUAUAUAUUUUGAAGCAAAUUUUGUUGAAGUGUGAAUUUUUUGGUUUGAUCCUGAAUAUCAUGUGGU